CUCGCACCUGUUUUUUUAUAGGGGAAUUUUGGCAAUUGCUUGGAGCAUGGCAGAUCCUGAAUUGUUACUAAGCUGUGGAAAAGAUGCUAAGAUUCUGUGCUCUAACCCUAACACAGGAGAGGUAUUAUAUGAACUCCCCACCAACACACAGUGGUGCUUCGAUAUCCAGUGGUGUCCUCGGAACCCUGCUGUCCUGUCAGCUGCUUCUUUUGAUGGACGAAUCAGUGUUUAUUCUAUCAUGGGAGGGAGCAUGGAUGGGUUAAGGCAGAAACAAGUUGACAAGCUUUCAUCGUCUUUUGGGAAUCUUGAUCCUUUUGGCACAGGACAGCCCCUUCCUCCAUUACAAAUUCCUCAGCAGACUGCUCAGCACAGCAUAGUGCUGCCCCUGAAGAAGCCCCCCAAGUGGAUCCGAAGGCCUGUUGGCGCUUCCUUCUCAUUCGGAGGGAAGCUGGUGACCUUUGAGAACGUGAAAGUGCAGCCUCAGCAGGGAGCUGAGCAGCAGCAGCAGCAGCGGCAGCAGCACGUGUUCAUCAGUCAGGUGGUGACAGAGAAGGACUUCCUCAGCCGCUCGGAGCAGCUGCAGCAGGUCGUACAGUCCCAGGGCUUCAUCACUUACUGCCAGAGGAAGAUUGAUGCUUCUCAGACUGAGUUUGAGAAAAAUGUGUGGUCCUUCUUGAAGGUGAACUUUGAGGAGGAUUCUCGUGGGAAAUACCUGGAGCUUCUUGGAUACAGAAGAGAAGAUCUGGGGAAGAAGGUUGCUUUGGCCUUGAACAGAGUGGAUGGAUCCGAAGUGGCUCUUAAAGACCCUGACCAAGUAGCACAGAGUGAUGGGGAGGAGAGUCCUGCUGCUGAACAGCAGCUCUUGGGAGAGCAAAUUAAAGAGGAGAAACAGGAGUCUGAUUUUCUGCCCUCAGCUGGAGGGACAUUUAACAUCUCCGUCAGUGGGGAUAUUGAUGGUUUAAUUACUCGGGCUUUGCUGACGGGCAAUUUUGAGAGUGCAGUUGACCUUUGUUUACAUGAUAACCGAAUGGCUGAUGCUAUUAUAUUAGCCAUAGCAGGUGGACAAGAACUCUUGGCUCGAACACAAAAAAAAUACUUUGCAAAAUCUCAAAGCAAAAUUACCAGGCUCAUCACUGCAGUGGUGAUGAAGAACUGGAAGGAGAUUGUUGAGUCCUGUGAUCUUAAAAACUGGAGAGAGGCCUUAGCUGCAGUGUUGACUUAUGCCAAGCCGGACGAAUUCUCAGCCCUGUGUGAUCUUUUGGGAGCCAGGCUCGAAAGUGAAGGAGACAGCCUCCUGCAGACUCAGGCGUGCCUCUGCUAUAUUUGUGCGGGGAAUGUGGAGAAGCUAGUUGCUUGUUGGACCAAAGCUCAAGAUGGCAGCAGCCCCCUGUCUCUGCAGGAUCUGAUUGAGAAAGUUGUCAUCCUCCGAAAAGCUGUACAGCUCACCCAAGCCAUGGACACGAAUACUGUAGGGGCUCUUUUGGCUGAGAAGAUGAGUCAGUAUGCCAGUUUGUUGGCCGCCCAGGGUAGCAUUGCCGCAGCCUUGGCCUUUCUACCUGACAACACCAACCAGCCAAAUAUUGUACAGCUUCGUGACAGACUCUGCAGAGCACAAGGGAAGCCCGUGCCAGGACAGGAGUCAUCUAAAAGUCCUUAUGAGAGGCAGCCGCUGGCCAAGGGUAGACCUGGACCAAGUGCUGGCCACCCGCAGAUGCCCAGAGUUCAGACUCAGCAAUAUUAUCCCCAUGUUAGAGUUGCCCCUACUGUCACUACCUGGAGUAACAAAACUCCUACUGCCCUUCCCAGCCAAGCACCUGCAGCCUCUCCCUCUGACACACAGGGAGAAAACCCUCCACCUCCAGGUUUCAUAAUGCAUGGCAAUGUUAAUCCAAACCCCGCUGCUCCGCUGCCUACAUCUCCAGGUCAUAUGCACAGCCAGCUACCACCUUAUCCACAGCCACAGCCUUACCAGCCAGCCCAGCAGUAUUCCUUCGGAACAGGGGGGUCAGCAGCUUACCGACUUCAGCAGCCUGCUGCUCCUCCUGCUUCUAACGCUUACUCUAACACCCCGUACAUAUCCCCUGCCGCUUCCUAUUCUGGGCAGCCUCAGAUGUACCCAGCACAGCAAGCCUCCUCACCUACCUCCAACUCUGCUGCUUCUUUCCCCCCUCCCCCUUCCUCUGGAGCAUCCUUCCAGCAUGGCGGACCAGGAGCUCCUCCAUCAUCUUCAGCUUACGCACUGCCUCCGGGAACAACAGGUACACCGCCUGCUGCCAGUGAGCUGCCUGCCUCCCAGAGAACAGAAAAUCAGUCUUUCCAAGACCAGGCUUCUGUAUUGGAAGGUCCUCAGAAUGGUUGGAAUGAUCCUCCAGCUUUGAACAGAGUACCGAAGAAGAAGACGCCUGAAAACUUCACGCCUCCUGUUCCCAUUACAUCACCAAUCAUGAACCCUUGCGGUGAUCCCCAGUCCCAGAUGCUGCAGCAGCAGCCUUCAGCUCCAGGGCCGCUGUCAAGCCAGGCCUCCUUCCCACAGCCACCGCACCUUGCAAGUGGCCAGCCCUUCCAUGGCGUCCAGCAGCCUCUUGGUCAAGCAGGCAUGCCACCAUCUUUCUCAAAGCCCAACAUUGAAGGGGCCCCGGGAGCUCCUAUUGGAAACACCAUCCAGCACGUGCAGGCUCUGCCAGCAGAGAAAAUUACCAAGAAACCUAUUCCAGAUGAGCACCUCAUCCUCAAGACCACGUUUGAGGAUCUCAUCCAGCGCUGCCUCUCUUCAGCCACGGAUCCUCAAACCAAGAGGAAGCUAGACGAUGCCAGCAAACGCCUGGAGUUUCUGUAUGACAAGCUUAGGGAACAGACGGUAAGUUUUUCCGGGGGGGUCGGGGGGUAGAUGACAGUCAGUUCU